CGUCACUCUCCCGAGCUGCACCGCGCCGCCGUGACGUCAUAAGAGGCGCCGGAGAUACCGGAGACACGUGACGUCAUGUUACCGGCAGAGGCUGACAUCACCCGCUCUCUGGAGCUCCUCCAUAUGACCGUAUUCAGCCAAUGCUUCUCCCCUUGUGGUAAAUUUUUGGCCGUCGGCAAUAACUUGGGCCAGAUUGGGGUGUUCAGCCUCUCUUCAGCUCUGAGCUCUGAGGCCAAGGAACAAAGCAAGGAGCCCACCGCCCUUCUCCAAGCACAUUCAGGUCCUGUGUACAGUUUGACCUCUACUGAGCGUCACCUGAUCAGCGCUGGAGGGAAGGAAGUGAAGGGCUGGACAUGGAGCGACCUCUGUAAGAAGGGCUGUGUGGCAUCCUGGAGCCGUGUGGCCCCCACCAGAAACACUCUAGAGACGCCUGAAAUCAACAGUCUUGUACUUAACCAGAAGGAUAACACUCUGCUGCUUGGCGGAGGCAGCUGUCAGGUGCACGUAAUGGACCUGGAGACCGGAGCCUUCACUAUGGCCCUUGAGGGGCACGAGGAUUACAUCCAUUGCCUGGCUCUGAGGGAGCAGCAGAGGGAGUGUGUGUCUGGGGGUGAGGACGGGUCUGUCAGGCUCUGGGAUCUCAGGACAGGAUCACAGACCCACAAGAUUGAGGUUUAUAAAUACGAGGAAUGCGCUCGGCCGCAGUAUGGGAAGUGGAUCAGUUGUCUGGCGACAGAUUCGGAUUGGAUGGUCUGCGGUGGAGGCCCAAUGCUGUCUCUGUGGCAUCUUCGCUCGGUUAUUCCAACUACCAUAUUCCCAAUCCAGGAGAGUCAGCAGCAAGUGAUGUUCUACCAGGACAUGAUCCUGUGUGCAGGACAGGCGCCUCACAUCAAUCACUGCCAGAUAAACGGAGAGGUCCGAGCCCGGAUCCCCUGCAGCCCGUGCUCCAUCUACUCUCUGUGCAUCAACGAGGGUUCCCAGGAAAACAAGGUUCUCACAGCCGCUGGGAGCAGCUCCAAGAUUGAUGUUUACACCAAUUUCAGAUACCGGGCGUUCUCGCUCACGUUUACCUGAGCCACCUGACCUGGCCCCUCCCCCAGCGUUGUUCCCUUUGUUACAUUUAUAAUAAAAGUGCUGACGUUC